CUCAUCACGCCCACCUCGGAUGGUUCUGCUGCAUCUCCUGGGAUUACCGCACAGAGUGUGAGCAGAGCAUGGUGGUUCGAGUUUGGAUGCGCAUGGCCAAACAUUCCUUCAACUGCACUGGCUGCUCCAGGACUUUUGGGAAUGGGGACAAGCGUGAAGAGCACAUGCACACACAUGCAGAAUGCCCGUCGUCCUUCGUGGAGUUGCCGGCAGACCCUUCGUUUGGGACCAGGAGGUACAAGUGCGUCUUCUGUGGUUACUCGACAGCACGCAAGGGGAACAUGAGCAUGCAUGUCCGCAGGCACACCGGCGAGCGGCCGUUUCGAUGCACCGUCUGCACCAAGAGCUUCACCCGCAAGUUUGUGCUUGAGGAGCACAUGCGCACGCACUCGGGCGAGAGACCUUUUGAAUGCCACUAUUGUCUGUCGACGUUCAGCCAGAAGAGCACCCUGUCCGUGCACGUCCAGCGACACACAGGACUCUGGCCACACAAGUGCAGGCUGUGCAACAAGGCAUUCUUCAGCAAAAACAAGCUCAUCGAGCACAUGAUGUGCCACUCAGAUUCCCAUCUUUUGAGGCCACCAAAACUUCUUUCCGUUGCAGAGGGAGCGUCCGAAGCGGCGAAAAGUUUGGAGAAGAGCCGGCUGCUCAAGUGUCGCUUCUGCAGCUACACUGCGCUAUACCACUCGCUCCUGAUGCGCCACGAACGAAUCCACACGGGCGACCGUCCCUACGAGUGUGCAAUCUGCUCCAAGCGCUUCGUCCAAAAGACCCACCUCGAGAAUCACAUGCGAAUGCACUCUGGCGAAAGGCCGUUCCGCUGCGAACACUGCCCCAAGUCAUUUGUCACGUCCUCGGGCCUUGUGGGCCACGCGCUAAGCCAUUCCGGUUCGCAGGCCCUGUUCAAAUGCGACCUGUGUACCAUGGUUUUUGUGGAUAGGGCGGCCAUCUGGAACCAUGUUCGGUUGGCCCACGGAAAGGCGUCCAGCUAGAGUCGUUUUCUUGGUUCAUGCUAUAUUCUGUUUCACCUUGUAAGUUAAAACCGACCGCCACGAAUGCUAUGAGCCGUCAAAGCCAGUCCAAGGCAGUGUGAGUGUUGCGUGACCUUGAAAACUGGGUGCAGUGACGUGCGGGAAGCGUAUCGCAUGCUGUGUUUAUAGAACUAAAUUGCCUCGUAGCAUCCACUGUGGCCCAACGUAAGGAGAAAUGGGGUAUAGUGAUCUCUAGAAUUCAGAGUAUUACUGUGUCAACAUUGAAAGAGUUCUGUAGGAAGAGGGUGAGCAUCUUUGGGUUUGUUGCCAAUACACUGAUGUUCCUACUGAUCCUGUUACCAAAGGUCAGCAUGAUUACCACUAAUAAUAGGGCAUUAGUGUCUAUAAGCCAAAUCAUGUGCUUUCCAUGUUGCACUUGUGAUGCCAUGCUUUCUGAGUUGUGCCUUGUAACCAUUUGUGUUGGACUGCAUCUCCUACCCAAUUUGUCAUCCAUCUUUGGGCUCUGCUAUCUGGAAGUUAGUAAGAUUUUAGCCGUAGAAGUGUUGGGUUUUGUGACGUAAGUUUCUGAAAAACUGAAGGAGUUAUAUCUGCACAUUCUGAAAUGCCAUAAGGAGGUAGGCAGCAUUUUUAAUCCUGUGCACUUUGAGUAUGAUGUGCACUACAUAUACUAUCAAUGGUAAAAGCUGUGCCCAGACUGAUGGUAGUGUUUUUAGAGCGCAGCUCUUAGGUGCCCGU